AUUUUAAAUUUAUAAAUAGUGGAAGGAGCUAUACAUAUUUUAAACUUUAUUAAGAGUAUCGAAAUCUCAUUGACUGAAAGAUUAAUGAAAUGAAUUAAUUAUAUGAUCUGACAGAGAAAGCAGAGUUAAAAAAGUCUAAAAUCACCACUAAGUGUGUGGUGUGAAAAGGAUCACACAUUCUUCGCCUGUCUUCCAUUUCCUUAAAGGAUCCUCACCCUGUGGGUCACCACAUCAAAUCUUCUUUUCUAUUUUUCCAGAUUCAUGCAGCCAUUAUAACUUAAACUUAUGCUACAGAAGCCAAACGAAACCAAUAAUCACAAACCACGCAAGUACCUGGUGACCCUGUUUUUGAAGAGAUUAUUACGUGUCAAGUAGAUAAAACAUGGACAACCCAGUUGCACUAUGUGUUCAUCCGCAGACAAUAAAACAUCCUCAUAGCCUUAAAUUCACCAAUGUUGGGUCUACCCGCCAUCCCCCCACGACAAAUCGUUGGGUGAGACCAGACAAAACAGUCAACCCUCAAAAUUAAACCUUUCUAACACUUCACUUGCCCAGAGCUCAACGCAAACUCUGAAAGUGGAAACAAAUCACCCACCACCACCACCCUCUACGAAACACCUCCAUCGCCGAUCAUGGGGUUCACCUCCUGGGCCCCAUCUCCAUCUCCAUAUCUGACCCCCUCCCCUUCUCCCUUGUCAUCAUCAUCACCGCCAUCGUCGUCGUCAUCAUCAUCUUCGUUGUCGCCGCCUUCAAAGCUUCCAGUUGACUUCAGCCCACCGUUGAUCGCAAUGGUGGUAGUAGUUGCUGCAGCAUUUUUAGUCGUUACCUAUUCGCGUCUCAUCUCAAAACGGCUCGUCCCUCUAAUUCUCCGUCUACUGAGCUUCUUCCGCCGCCGCCGCCGCCGCCGUCGCUUCCUUCCAUCCACCACGACCGACCUUGACUCUCUUCCACCUUCUGAUCCCUUCGAUCUCCCUCUUUCCCCUUACGGUCUUGAUGACUCUGCCAUCAAAACCCUGCCGCUUUCCCUCUAUACUUCAAAAAAUAGACCCAACAACAGCCCCAAAGACUGUGCCGUAUGUCUAUUGGAGUUCGAAGACAAUGAAUACGUUCGAACACUCCCAGUUUGCUCGCAUGCCUUCCACGUGGAUUGCAUUGACGUUUGGUUGAAAUCACACGCUAAUUGCCCGCUGUGUAGAGCUGGAAUUUUCGCUGCAGAAUCUCCUUUUACUCCGUUAAUGGCAGCCAGAAUCCGUCCGAGCCUCGACGACCCCGUUUUUGAGAACAACACAUUGGAGUCCCUAACCGAAACUCCUCUGCAAUCUUUUCCAAAUAACACUAUAACGGAAAUAACCGAAGAACCGUCACCCAGAAGAAGGAACGGGAAUAGCAAUUGCGAGGAGAGGUUUAAUUUUGUUCUAAAAAGGUCAUAUUCAUUUGGGUUCGAGAGGAGUUUAGCCGCAGAGAGGAUGAUAACCGAGCCGAACACAGCGUCGCCUUGGAGGUACAGGAGAGGAGGGAAUGGAUUUUGGAGCAGAAGGACGUCUCCGUUUGGGUCGUUAAUGAUGAAACCCAGGGUUUUCUCGUUUAGGUACUACAGAGGGAUCAAAGCUUCGCCAUUUUUUCGUCGGAGAGGGUUUUUUCCAUUGUCGGAAUCAAGUGUUAGAUUUACCGCCGGCGGCGGAGGCUCGUCGAGAAGAAGUAAGUCGAUGGCGAGUCCGAUGUUUUUAAGAUCAGCAGCUUCAAGUGUGGCGGCUUUCUCGUCGAGUCGGCUCAGAUGCGGGGAUCCAGAGGCGCUGCUAUCACCGGAGAGGUUUAACAGAAGAUAAAAAAAAGAAGAAGUUAAUUGUUCCAAGAAAAACCCAGAGGACACGUGGAAGGCCGGAUAGAGAGGAGGAGAGAAGGGUAGAGAAGGGACGGUUGGAGAUUGGUGUUGGGGGGAGGGGUCGAAUUAAUGGGGAAGAAAGAGUUAAUGGAGGAGAAGGGGGUUGUGGCAAAGCAAGUGAGCGUCGAAAAAGGGGCGGGGGGGCAUUAAUGAAAGGUGGGGAGUGACAAUUAAUGAGAAAAUUGACUAGAGAUAGACAUGACACGUCACGGUUUUUGAGCUUUUCUUACGCUUGGCUUGAGCCUGCCAGCCUAAUAACAUUGAAGAAGAAGAACAGGGGGAGGAAGAAAAUAAGAAAAAAGAAAAAGGAAAAGGAAGAAGCGUCAUUAAAUGCAGGGCAGGCAGAGACGUUGGGGAGUUUGGUGUUAAACUGAACUGAAGGUUGUUUAUAUUUGUAUUUGGGUUGGGUUCCAAACUAACAUUUUGGUCGAUUGAGUUUGGGUUGGAUUUGGUACUUACCACCCACAUCAUCUGCUUUGUUUUGGCAUGUGGGCAUGGACAGCUACCAUCUGCUCUUAUUAUUUAUAGUUGACUAAGCAAACGCCAUGCCAUGAACUGAAAGAAGCACAACGGGCAUUGUGAGUGAGAUCUAUAUAAUAUUCCUUUCUGUUGCUCAUUUUAUGCAGUACUAGUCUCUAAAUGAGGCGUCAAGACUUCAUUUUGUUUCUUCGGUUCGGUUCUCUCUUUCUCUCCUGUGAAUUCAAUGGAGAAUUAGAGACAUUAAUUUUGGAUAUCAUAGCUACACAUUCCCCUUCCCCUUUUACUGUGCCAUUGCUGCAUUUCAACUAACAAUAAAUAUAUAUAUAUAUAUAAUACAUUCCAUGCUUUAUUGUUAUUUACAUAGUUUAUUGAAGGUCUAAAUUACCCUUCUCUUAUUCACAUCAAUAAAAUUUGAGAAAAUAAAAAGAUACAGUGACA